CAAUUCUCUGCUGGUCUUUAGCAUUCCUUUACGACACAAGUACGGAGUCCCCACUGAAAUCUCGUAGUGGAUCUAUUCUACUUUCUUAGUCAUCAGUUUCACCGGAAACUUUUUUUCCAGUGCCAGAGAUUCAUAUUUUCCAUUAAUUCGUCAUCUUCGACUAAAGUCCCACUAGUCCAUGUUUACAGACAAGAAGAGCCAGCUCACAGCACGACUCCACGGCGAGAUGACGAACACAGAUAGGCCCACAAAUCCUACCAAGCGAGCUCUGAGUCGCGGCUACGGAACAGUUGUGACUAAUGGCCACAGCAUCAUCGCUAACACCAGCCAUGCCAACGGGUUUCGGAGCCAGAGCCAGAGCCAGAUCCAGUCGCAAAACAGCAGCGGAACUACUAGUCCGGUGGGCAACCACAUUCUGCGAGAGGCUCCGAUGAUCCACAACAAGCUCUACUGCGAGCAGGUCAACAAAAAGAUUACUAGUUCUACCAACAUGUUGCAGAAGCUUUCUGUAGACGAAAUCCGUUCGGUCAAGUCCCAUACAGAAUUAGCGGAGACAGCCAACGGAGUGCGUAUGCUCGCAAAAAACUUGUCCAAGACCACGAUCCAGUUGGAUGUGCGUGCCAUCAUGAUUGUGACCAAAGCCAGAGACAACUCUCUCAUCUAUUUGACACGAGAAGUGGUAGAAUGGCUUCUCACGCAAGAACGUGACAUCACGGUCUAUGUUGAUGCCAAGUUGGAAAACCUGAAACGAUUCAACACGGACGACAUCCGCACCCAGAUUCCAAAAGCAAACGGCCUCUUGCGUUUCUGGGACAAGAAGUUCGCCUUGAAAAACCCUGAGAAAUUCGACUUGGUGGUCACUUUGGGAGGUGACGGAACAGUACUAUAUGCGCUGAACUUAUUCCAACGUGUCGUCCCACCAGUAAUCUCGUUUGCCUUGGGAUCUUUGGGCUUUUUGACCAACUUCAAGUUCGAGCACUUCCGCGAACGCAUGAACACAGUUAUAGCCUCGGGCGUAAAGGCGUACUUACGAAUGAGAUUCACCUGUAGAGUACAUACUGCUGACGGUAAGUUGAUCUGCGAACAGCAGGUUCUCAACGAGUUGGUUAUAGACAGAGGUCCAUCACCCUACGUUACCCAGUUGGAGUUGUACGGAGAUGGCUCUUUGCUCACCAUUGCCCAGGCUGACGGCUUGAUCAUUGCAACACCUACGGGUUCGACAGCAUACUCGCUCUCGGCAGGAGGAUCAUUGGUCCACCCAGGUGUCAGUGCAAUUAGUGUGACGCCGAUCUGUCCUCACACCUUGUCGUUCAGACCCAUCUUGUUGCCAGACGGUAUGUUCUUGAAGGUCAAGGUGCCCGACACUAGUAGAUCUACUGCUUGGGCAUCUUUUGACGGUAAGGUCCGAACCGAAUUGCGCAAGGGCGAUUACGUCACCAUACAGGCUAGUCCAUUCCCGUUCCCUACUGUUAUCUCAUCGAAAACUGAGUACAUCGACAGUGUCAGUAGGAACUUAAACUGGAAUGCCAGAGAGCAACAGAAGCCCUUCAGCCACUUGUUGAGCGAUCAGAGCCAGCGUAUGAUGAGGAAGUCCACAUCUGCGGCAACUCAAGAUUUGGAGAAUCUCCAUAUCGACAAUGGUGCUGCAGAAGACGACUUUGAUAUCAAUUACAGUUCGGAUUCAGACUCGACUCCUUCAGAUAAUGAGACAGAAGAGGACCUUCCUUACAUUCCUCUUCCAGGAGACGGCAUCAACACCCCACCACCAGGAAAUACUUACGGUGGAUUCGAGGGAACAUGCUUUGCCCAUCCUCAUGCCAAAAUCACCUUGGACAGCUCGGCUACGUCGACUACAAACUCUACCAGAUACUCUUCGUCUACAACUGGUUCCGGGUCUGAGGAUUAGGGUUAUUUUUACAGGUUUAUUAGGUCGCCCAAGGGGGCAGUUACAUAGUGUGUAAUCAAUAGUCACAGC